UUGCAGCUUUCCUGGAAAACUCUUCACUCUGCAUUUCCUCACGUUCGUAUCAAUUCAAUUCGUUCCGCGGAAGUUGAAGGUAGCAGUAGAAGAUACACAAUUGAAAACUUGGACCCAUCGACUGUCUACAAUGUUACCUUGCAACCGCGAUGUGGCGGUGAAGCAGCAUGGGGUUCAUACGCCACUUUGCCACCAGGAUGGUUUAUGGUGCGAAAUUUGGUAUGGUGCGAUCGAACCAACUAUGCACUGUCGUUAACCUGGGAACCUGUGGAACUGAAUAAAGCAUCGCAUUAUCAGGUCAGGUAUCUGAGGCUCAAGGAACACGAUGCAAUCUGGAUCGAAGAGAACGAGGCCAGGGCUAUUGAGCUGCUCUGUCCCAAGGACGGUUGCAAUCGGCACUGCUAUCUGGUUUUCAAUUUGGAACACAAUCCAAACGAAUAUGUCUUCCAAGUGCGAGCUAAAGUAAGGCAUUAUUUUUCGUGCACAAUUUUAUGCACUUUUCAGCCUUAG